UUGCACUUUUUUAAUGUUAUCAUUCUCUCUCUCUCUCUCUCUCUAUAUAUAUAUAUAUAUAUAUGUAUAUGUAUAAAACACUUUGAAAAUUGGAACAGAAGUAAGUUGUAAUAUAUUUAAAAAAAGAAAUGAAUGAGCAAGGGGUGGCCAGAUCCAGGACCCAUCAGCCCUGCUCUGCUUGUAGGAUGCUGCGGCGCAGAUGUGACACUAAUUGCCUACUUGCACCCUAUUUUCCCAGCGAUGAUAUGGAGAAAUUUGCCGGCGUGCAUCGGGUUUUCGGUGCCAGCAACGUUAUCAAAAUGAUUCAGAUGGUGGAGGAGACGAAGAGGGAAGAUGCGGUGAAAGCGAUUGUGUUCGAAGCAAGGGCGAGAAUGAGAGAUCCUGUAUAUGGCAGCACUGGAGCUAUUUUUCACCUGCAAAAGAUGGUUCAAGAACUGGAAACUCAGCUUCAAUCAACGCGAGCUCAGGCGUUGAUUUUGCAGGCGCAAACAGACGAGUUACUGAGGCUAAACCUUGUCACCAACCAGCAUCUUCCACAUGACCCUUGCUUGGAUUUCGCCAAUUUCUACUUACUAAACGAUGACGUUUCAAUGGCGGCCUCUUAUCCUACCUGCAACUCUCCCACGCCAUGUGACUGGAUCUUGUGAUUGAAUUAUACAAAUAUUAAUUUACUACGAUAUAUAUAUGUAUAUCUAAUUUAUUUUGCAAAUAUGCGGGGAGAGAUAGUUAAAAGCUCGACUAAGUAGAAGAAGAAGAAAAUUUUAAGAAAUUAAAUUGUAUUAUUUAUUGAUUUAAAGAUUGCUAAUCUAGUUCAUGAGAUAUUCAGGUC